AAAUAUUUUCUAAAACAAGUUUCUACAGUACACAAUAGGAAAAUAAUUCCAGUAUUAAGAUGUUUAAACAACACGCCAUAUUCACUCCAGAGUGCACUCAGAAAUUUUGCAACCGCAGGGCAACUACAGAAUAAAAUGAUACAAUGUUACAUUCAAUGGAGCCAUGAAGCUGCAGUAGCCUACUGCAGUUGUAGUUCACUGCUCCUAGCCGUCAAAGGACUACAUUUCAUUUGAAAUUCCCGGCCUCAUUCCUUUCCGGAGACUUGCUUCCUGCUGAAACGCAAUUCUCAAUCACAAACGGAAAAAAAUAUCGACAACUCAUGGUUCCGCUCUAGAAAAAGGACUAUUCACACAUAACUGCCAAAUGAGCAAGUAUUUUCUGGGCGGUCGCGAGAAGAUAGCAGUGCCUGAAACCCACAGGAACGUCAAGAGUAUCGCUGGGUGAUAGGCUACGUUUCGUAGCGCCGAAGCUGAAAACAAUGCCACAUUUCUUGUGGCCGGAGCCGCUGUCAGCCGCACAACUCAAGCGGCUAGAGGAGCACAAAUAUAGUGCCUCGGGUCGAUCCCUUUUCGAACCUCCUUGUCAGAUAUAUUGGAAUUGGCUGGUCCAACAAAUUCCAACCUGGGUAGCGCCUAAUACUCUGACUAUAAUUGGACUGGUAAUAAAUAUAGUCACAACUGUAGUGUUGGUGUUUUACUGUCCAACCGCAACAGAGGAGGCUCCAGCAUGGGCCUUCAUCCUGAGUGCGUUGGGCCUGUUCAUCUAUCAGUCGCUGGAUGCCAUCGAUGGGAAGCAGGCCCGGAGGACCAACAGCAGCUCUGCGCUGGGGGAGCUCUUUGACCACGGCUGUGAUGCUGUCUCCACAGUCUUUGUUGCCGUGGGAACAUGUAUAUCCUGUGGGAUAGGAAGCUACCCUGAUUGGAUGUUCUUCAGUGGCUUUGUGGGGAUGUUCAUGUUCUUCUGUGCACACUGGCAAACCUAUGUUUCCGGAACACUGCGCUUUGGCCUGGUUGAUGUGACGGAGGUCCAGAUUGCCAUCGUUGUCAUGUAUGUGAUGUCAGCUUUUGGUGGAGUGGCCCUUUGGGACUACAGGUUGCCCGUCCUUGGGGUGAAGCUGCAAACCUUCCCCAUCUUGGGCAUUAUUGGGGGAGCCGUGUUCUCCUGCUAUAACUACUUCCACGUCAUCCUCAACGGGGGCGUCGGCAAGAAUGGCUCCACUGUGGCUGACACCAGUGUGCUGACACCAGGUAUGCACAUCGGCCUCAUCCUUACACUGGCCUUCAUCAUCUUCAAGAAGUCCUCCAGCAAGCUUUUUGAGCUGCACCCCUGCCUUUACAUCCUGACUUUCGGCAUGGUCGUUGCCAAGAUCUCCAACAAGCUAGUUGUGGCCCACAUGACCAAGAGUGAGCUUUAUCUCCCGGACACAGCUUUCAUUGGGCCUGGCCUCCUGUUCCUCAACCAGUACUUCAACAGCUUCAUCGACGAGCACAUAGUCCUCUGGAUCGCCAUGGUCCUUUCGUUGAUUGACUUGACGCGCUACUGCACAGGCGUCUGCAUCCAGAUCGCCUCUCACCUGCGCAUUCACGUGUUCAGCAUCACAGCACAGGCUGCCCCCAAACGCGACUGACGUUUUGCCCGGCGGAAGGAGGCGGAGGACGCAGCCCCGCUCUUGAAAGCAGACUACGAUGAAGAGGUCCCCUCCACCCCAAACCUCAGCAGCCUUGACACAGUGACCACCUCUAAAGUUUGUCUGUAACACUAGAGUAAUGACAGGAAUGACAUAACCACCCCUGAUUAGAGCCAUUAUCAAGGUUAACACACACUGGUCUGUCUGUAUCUCACUGGAUGAGUGCAGUGCAGCCGUCCUGGAAAUAAGUUGGUUGGUUUCCCUUUGUCUCCAUAUAGGAAGUAAUCACUAUCUGAGAUAAUCUAAGACUCAGAUUUGAUAAUGUCAUUCAAUUCAGACUAAAUCAUACACUAUGGGUAGAAGCUACAAUACAUUUUUGGGCAAAGAUCGAAUAAUGUUUCUCAGUGAUCAGAUAAAGGAGUUGCUUUGUGUUUUUCCCGCUUGAAUUUGGUUUCUCUCAAUUAUUGUUUUGACUGACAAUUGAUACAUAUUCCUUUCAUGCUCAUUUCUAAUUGACCUAUAUUCAAUGCUGUAAAGUUAGAGGCUACAGUACUAGACUCCUCUGUCUCUGUACUUAACAGCCUCUUGUUAAAAACAAUGUGAUAACUCAACCCAAUAUAACAUGUUUGAUCAUUGCCCAAAAUUGAUAUUGUAGCUCUUGAAAUCGUUCAUUAGUCAUGUAUGUUUAUUUAUUUAAUGAAUGAGACCCAAUCUGACAUGAAAUUUACUCAAUCAGGGCUAGGAAAUUCAAAAUAAAUCAACCUUUCAACCUCGGAUAACUUCCAAAAUGAAGUUUGAAGUAGAAUGAGACAUUCCUAAUGAGGUAUGGUACGCUAAUUGUCAAGGACUGCAAGUGAAGAAGGGGCAAGGGUCUGGGUUAACGCUGAAAACAGUGACAUUUCUUCUACAAGGGCUUCCAUCUGACUGAGUCCCCCUCCAGUCUACAGUGUAUCCAGCAUCAUUUACUUUUUCCAACUCCCUCCGUAACCUCAACUCUACUCCAGGUGAAGUCCUUGUAGUCAUGUUGAUGAUGCGUUAACGCCAGAGUCCCGUCUGCUUUCAACGUUCUUCUCCCUAAAGGGCUAAUUCUUUGAUUGUACAGAAUUCUGUUUGGCGCCUUAAAUGUUUAUUUGAAUCCUUUUCUGUUAAAUUUUUUUAAUUUCCGUGAAUAUUUGAAGCAGUUUAGGAACAAGUACUAAAAUGUUUGUAUUUUCUGCAUCAAUUGCAGAAAGCGUAAUUAUGGAACCAGUAUUUAUGGUUGUAGUAUCGGACAAUAUACGGAACACUGAGAAAUAACGUUGUACUGGAACUUAUUUUACUGUUUACUAUAAUUCUGUACUGGAACCAUCUUUUUUUUCAUCACACAUUUAGAAUAUGUAUAGGGGAAUGACUUUGGUACAUUAAACUCAAUGAUUUGUGGUUAUUGUUGAACAGUAUGAUUCUAAACUGUUUCGGGGCAUAGCUGAAUGCAUUGUUGUUUGGUCAUUGCUCGACUUUAGGAUAGACAGACAAAGGGAUGCAACGGUGCUGGAAGAGGUGUGGAUGUAUUAUUUUGGGGAUGUUUUGCCCCUGUGGCCAUGUUUAAUGUAACUAUUGGAACAAAGAGAUAUAAGUAAAUCAAGAACCCCUACUCUAGGAAUAUGCCCACCAUACCAUAAAGACAAUGUCCCUAAAAAGGACAUUUUGACUUGCAGAUAUUGGUGGGUAGAAUUCCAAUGAGAGCCUUCAGAUUACGUGACUUUCAGUCUGGAAAUAACAGCCAACCUUAUGUUAGCCACCCGUUUUUGUUCAAUCAGGGUUUGAACUCCAGGUGAACUUUGAAACUAUGCAUUGAAAAGGCCACACGCUCAAUUUUAACAUGGUAUUGCACUUUUCAAUACAAGUAAAACAACUUUAUACUAACAAAGUUCAAAAUGAUUGUAAUAAAGAAAUAUUUUCCAUUCAAGAAA